GGGGUGGUGGUGGGGGCCCCGCGCUCACCAUGGGGAAACACGCGGACGAACGCCGGGUGGAUCUGGUGCCCGGUGACACCAAAACCGCCGUCCGCUCCACUCAGCCGCCCAACCAGGUGCAGCACAAGCCUGUGUUGAACUCCCUGGUGGGGGGCGCGAUGGCAGGCGCCGUAGCGAAAACGUCCAUCGCUCCGCUGGACAGAACCAAAAUCAUGUUCCAAGUGUCGUCCAAUCGCUUCUCUGCCAAGGAGGCGUACCGCCUCAUCUACGCCACCUACAAGGCCGAGGGCCUGCUGAACCUGUGGCGCGGAAACUCGGCCACGAUGGCGCGCGUCGUGCCCUACGCCGCCAUCCAGUUCUGCGCCCACGAGCAGUACAAGCGCCUGCUCGGCCGCUACUACUACUACCCCACGGGCAGGCCUCUGCCCCCAUUCCCGCGCUUCCUCGCUGGCGCAUUUGCCGGUGUGACGGCGGUGAUGCUCACGUACCCGCUGGACAUGAUGCGCGCGUGCAUGGCCGUCACGCAUAAGGAGAUGUACAGCAGCGUGGUGCACAUGUUCGUUCGAAUCCGUCGAGAGGAAGGGGUGGCGACGCUGUUUCGCGGGUUCAGCCCCACGAUCCUGGGCAUCAUCCCUUACGCGGGCCUCAGCUUCUUCACCUACGAGACGUGCAAGAACCUGCAUCGAGACUACACUGGCCGCCGGGAGCCCGGACCGCUGGAGCGUCUCCUGUUUGGCGGCUGCGCGGGCCUCCUGAGCCAGACGGCGUCGUACCCGCUGGACGUGGUGCGGCGCCGCAUGCAGACGUCGGUGGUGACGGGCGGAGCGCGGGUGGCGCUGGUCCACGGGGUGAGCGGCCACGGCCACCCCGCCGCCGCCGCCGCCGCCGCCGCUCACCCCUUGCUGCUGGUCGGCGAACCUCGCGGGGCCGGGGGGGCCUACACCUCGGUUCUGUCGACGGCGCGGCUGAUCGUGCGCGAGGAGGGAUUCCGCCGGGGCCUCUACAAGGGCCUGAGCAUGAACUGGGUGAAGGGCCCCAUCUGCACGGGCAUCAGCUUCACCACCUUUGACUUCAUCCAGGACGUCUUCCGCUGGCUCGGGCUCACGUAGUCGCGUUUGGGUGAGGGGGAGGUGGGGGUGGGGGGCACGCACCCCCUUUGUCCGCACUCUUUUACUCGGGGGUUUCCCAUAGUCCAUUGGUCGCGUCCCACCCCGGGUACCGCCGAUGUGCGUUUGGCCAGUCUUCUAAAAUUGUCCGCAAUUGCACGUUGAGUCCGCCGCUUGCCGGGUGCGUCAGCCGGUCGCCGAAACCCGUUCCAUGUUGACGCGGGGAGAGCCUUGGUUCGAAAACAGAAACGCGGUGUAAGUCGCUUGGGGACGAAGUCGAGAGACCAAGAUCUCGCCGUAGCCUUCAAAUAGGCUGUUGGGGCGAGUGCUGUUGGCGAGCACCUGUUAAGAUUUGGAAGGGUGCCGUUCCCGGCCGUCUUUGUCUCCCCGAGGGGCCAGGCACUCGCUUUGAGUGCCUGGCCCCUGACAUGACGUGUACGUCAUGUGGGACGCGCGCGUGCGCACGCGGAGUCCCGUCUCGAUUUGAAUCGGCACCGUUACGUGGGGACGUGUUUGGCGAUCGUCGGACGCGUGUGACACACACACACACUCGCGGCGACUGAAUUUGCGCUUGAACAGAGAAGGUGGUGGGCGAGUCGUGGAAACGGCGUUCUGCGGUGGGUCACGAGGUCGAGUAGGGUAAACUUCGCUUUCAAGCAACCCCUUCUCCCUCGCUCUGCCAGACGAGCGUGCGAGCGUGGGUCGCCCGAUUGUGCCUUCUGCCAGCGUGCAACGGCGGUUUUACUUAAUUGGGUUCUUUUGAUUAAAAGUAAAACAAAAACUUAAGGUUUUUUUUUCUUGUUCAAUGCAAGUCUAGCAGUGCCCCAGACCCCCCCCCCAACGUACCCCCCCCAGCGCUGCGAUGAACCUCCCGGGCUGGCUUAACGCCCCGUGAACGUUGCAAGGUUUGGUGCAAGCGCUCUCGGGGGGGGGGGGGGGGGAUUCGAUGUGCGAUGUUCGUGGGUCGAGCGGUCACACGGGGGGUGGGGGGAGCUGGGACUGCCCUUUUGGCGCCGGCGGCGGCGGCGGAGAACGAACGCCAGUGGGCGGAUCGCCGUGCAGUUGCGACGAUCGACCGGGCGCCUCUUUGCCGUUGGGUUUCUUUGUCCCCUCGCGCAAAAUCUCAGCCGGCGGGAAAAAUGUAGUCCGCGUUUCUGAGAGCCAACUCCUAGCACACAAUGCAACUUAGACGAGGCGGGAGGUGAUCGUGCGAAUUCGACAAAUCAGACUCGUUUACCCACAAUAUUUCUUCGUGUGGGGACGUGCGAUGGCCUUAUAUUAUUACGUAAAGUGUAUUAAACGUUUAAGGGGCGAGAGAGAUAGAAGCUGCUUGGUGCUGAUGAGUAUUUUACUGCGUUCAGGUCCGUGGUUUGUUAUCAUCAUGUGGAGCGUGCCAAGUUGACUGAACGGUGGCGAUGUGUUUUUUUUAAAGAUGAAAAGGGGAGAAGGCGAUGCGGUUGUUGGUGGCUUUGUAUGAUCGCAGUAUUACAACCCCCCCCCCCCGUGCCUCUACCUUCUCUUUAACUGGCGUUUGUCCCGUAAAUGAGCACUAGCACUUUUUGGACAAUCAUUUGUGGAGAUGACGCGUUUUAGAAUUACAGGACGUUCGAGAUUGUCGGGUGGCUCUGUGCGGUCAGAGCCGUGAGACCCGGCACCUGUCGAGAUCCUGGGUUCGUAUAUCCCGGUUAAGAGUCGCCCCCCCCCCCCCCCCAUGAUUAAUCUGGAUUCUCGUGUCUUGGCGAGGUGAUGGGUCUCGCUCAACCUGGUCACCCCAAAGAUUGCAGCAACAAGGAUAACAAUGACUACAAAAUAAAUCCAUCGCGUUGCGUUUGUUUUCGCGGGGGAAAAGUGUACCCAGCCCACCUUGAUGUGUAACUACGGUAGAGGAGUCCUGUGAAGCACCUUCUUCUGCAGUCGCUCUCCGACACGUGGGGCACUGCCGUGCGAAAUUUCCCGAUGGAUUCUUUACAUCGUCCUAUGCUGGCCGCGAUGGCGCAAUUGUAAUAAGUUUAAGGGAGAAUAUUUUAAUUUUUUUGCAAUUGAAAGAUAUUUACGGAACAUCUUUACCAAACGUUGAACGCGAACGGUACUGCCUCGUCACUUCGAGUAUUAUUGGGGGGGUUUUUCCCCCCCUCCCUUUACUCCUGUGCCAACCUCGUGGUGUAUUCACAAGUUGCGAACUGCAGUCUGCCCUGCUGCCAUUAUGCGCGCGCGUGUGUGUGUGUGAGCAUGGUGCGAUAGUUGGGUUGGCACUCGAUGCCAAGCUUCAGUGUUUUUAUGCUCCGGUGCUACACGCGCGAUGUCCCAAACUCGAGUCCUCGCGGACUCCCCCCUCCCCCUCCGCACCACCACCACCACAAUGCUACGUCUAUCCGGGUUCACCAAUGUACUGCUCACUCCAUUCAAAUUAACUCGUUCCACGCUGCACGCACCGGAUGAUUGUUGUACAGUGUGGUGGUGGUGGUGGUGGUGGGUGGCAAGGGCUGGCGUUUUGGAAAACCCUGCCGGUUUAACCCUCGCCACGAAGUGAUGACGUUCAACAGCGGUGCUGCGUGAGCACACUCCAGACAGAGACGCCGUUUUCCGUACGCCGCUGCUGCUCUUUAUUAACGAGCCAAAAUGAAUGUGCUGUUACCCC